UUAUAAGGAGUGCAGAUCAGUAGUAACUUAGGCCAUAUGUCAAGCAUCGAGAAGCUCGUUGGGCUACUGUACAUGUGUAUGAAGGCUAUAGUGUCUCCAAGGUCACCCUGAUCAGGAAGACGGGCUGUGUAGAUUUAAAUGCUGGGGCUCUGCUGUGCGGCGCAGUGUUGGAUCAGAGGUAACCGUAACUAGAUCCUGGGCACAUGAAUCAUGAUGCGCGUACGCGUUUCAAGGGCAUUUCGCCACGUCCGACAUGUUAUGGAGAUACUGCACUGCCAGUGGGGGUGCGAUCACUUAAAAAGUACCUCGUCGCUGUACUGACCAAGCUUCAUGGAAAGCCUUAAAGUCCUCGUUAUCGGAGGUUCGCGAAAUAUAGGGUAUUACUCUGCUGUCCGACUCCUUGCGCUCGGCGCUACUGUUACAUUCCUCCUGCGAUCACCACAAGUAUUCGAUCAGGAUGACACAAUUCAAGCCUACAUUAAGGAAGGUAAAGCCCGCCUUAUUCAAGGCGAUGCACUCGUGAAGAGUGAUGUUCGCCGGGCAUGGUCCGAGGCUCAGCUUGGGGACGACACCAGACCAGUCGACUUCCUCAUCUUCACAGUCGGCGGGACACCCGGCUUUUCACUAACAAAAGGCAUCAUCAUCACCCCACCAAACCUCGUCACCCAAUCUCUCAUAAACGUUCUCGAGACUCUCCCAUCCCCGCACCCAAAGAUUAUAACAAUCUCUUCUACAGGCCUCACGCAGGCCUCUCACAAAUCAGUUCCCCUCCCUCUCAAACCGCUGUAUAGCUACAUCCUAGCCGCACCGCACAAAGACAAAUGCGGCGCAGAGGAAGUCAUAGCCCAUAGCGCUGGGUGGGAGUGGGAUGCGAGAGACAGCCCAGGCGAUGACAUUCUCGGUGCUGGCUGGACGAGCCGUGUCCCCAAUGCUGGAGAACUUAAGAGUAUCGCUGUCAUCAGGCCUGCGUUGUUAACUGACGGAAAGUGUCGCGCAGACGUAGAAGGUAAAGAAGGCAAGGCAUACAGAGUGAAAGAAGAGGAUCUAGAGUGUGGUUAUUCGGUUUCAAGGAAGGAUGUGGCACAUUUUCUCGUGGAGGGUAUGAUGAGGCAUUGGCAGGAGUGGGAGGGUAAAUGUGCAAGGAUUGCAUAUUGAAUAUCGUCGCAUUCUUACAAGCAAUCCGCUCGCCCGCAGACGGCUCAG